AUGGCCCCUCUCAGAGGUGUCAGUAAUGAUGGACGAGAAAAUGCUAUGGAGGAAAAUGCCCUUAGGAUAUGGUGUAAUCAGCUACAUAGGGAUAUCCUUGCGAUCCGAGUCCGUCUUGAAAGCCUGUGCCAUGGAAAUUCAGGCCGCGGAGCAAGUGUAGACAAUGCUUCAUCAGUUAAGGUGACAGGAUGUGUCGAGGCAUUCUGUGAGAUGCGAGCGCUGGACCUGACAGCUGAAAAAGGGUUCUUGGACGACAACCAGUUGGAGGACUUACCAAAAGACAUAUUCAAUAACAAUACGGAAUUAGAAGUUAUGUACUUGUCUGAAAUGCAAUUGCACAACCUUUCCCAGGGAAUCUUUGACAACAACACAAAGUUGCGAUUUUUACGCCUGAAUGACAACGACCUGAAAGGAAUUAGUGGAAGCACCUUCAAACGCAUGGAAGAGUUAGAAGAACUAUGGUUGCAAGACAACAACAUCAAUGAAUUACCUCCUGAACUAUUUCAAGAUCUAGAAAACCUGCAGGAACUCUAUCUGUCAAAUAACAACUUGAAGAAUCUACCACACCAACUUUUUAGUAGCCUUUCCAAGCUGAUACAUCUGGAUUUGUCAAACAACGAACUUGGAAAUCUGCCACCGCACAUCUUCAGAAACAUUACAGCGGUAGAAUUUCUGAAAUUGGACUACAAUAAAAUUGAGAGGCUUCAUGAAGAUCAGUUCCAGGGCUUAGUAAAGUUGAUCGAAUUAUAUCUCUCGGAGAACAAAAUCGAGGCUUUGCCUGACAAAAUUUUUAAAGGCGUCAAAAAGCUUAAAGCUCUGUUUAUGCACUACAACCUGAUGGCUGAGCUCCCUAAAGGACUUUUCACCCAGCAGUUGCUGCACAUUAUCAGAGUCCAAGCUAUAUUGAAACCUAAACUGAGGAAGUUGUGGUCCAAUGUUCGAUCUAUUUUGUGCAGAGGACAAAAUCAAGAAGAAGAAGCAGAAAAUGACCAGCAGGGACAGAUUGGAAAUGAAGAUGCACAUGCUAUCAACGAAGAGGGAGAACAUAUUGAAAUGCAAGUAAUAAACCAACACGAUAUUCCAGAAGUGGAAGCCCCUGAAUUGCCUACUCCGCAACCAGCGAUGGAACAAGCCUGUAGAGUGGCUGAAAGUACAUCUUCCUCAGAUUAUGAGGUUGCUUUUGACAUUCGUCCAGCCACUAAAAGGACUAUGAAAGUAACCGUUCAUCAUGGAGAAAGCAAAUACCGACGAAAAAGACGAAAAGGAGUGCAAGAGGGAAAAAGUAAGCUUGCCCCCGGAAAGCCCACAAGCGAAGCUAGCAAACCUGAGGAGGAGGUGGCGAGUGAAGACAUUCCAGGGCCCAGUGACAAAGGUCAAGAAGGAGGAAGUAAGGCUGAACCUGAAAAGUCGACUGUGGAAGCUGGUAAAGGUGAGGAGCAGAUGGAGAGAGGAGAGAUUCCAGGACCUAGUGACAAAGGUAAAGGAGAUAGUAGUUUUUUUUGUCAAGAAGAGAAACGUAAGUUUAAGCCCAAGGAGCCAAUUAAAGCUGGAGAAUCGGAGAAGCAGAUGGAGAGUGAAGAAAUUCCAGUGUCUAGUGACCAAGGUCAAGAAGGAGAAAGCAAGCCUGAACGCAAAAAGCCAACUGAGGAAGCUGCUGAAUCUGAGGAGAAAAUAGCAAGUGAAGAGAUCCCAGUACCCAGUGAUAAAG